AUGUCUCGUGGUCGUCCUCCUUCUAAUAUUCGUACUGAUCAUUUUUAUCCUGCAGAAGAGAAUAAUACAAAUGAUGUUGUAGACUUAGUUGAUUGGUUGAAAGAACACUUGAAUAAAUGUAAUUCUUUUCCUAAUGAACUUCGUGAAUCAACAGACUUAAUUACUAGUAAAGAUCAUCGAAAUA